UCGUCUUUAAUUUCAAAUCUCGUUGGUACAGCUUAAGUGUCAUUGUCGUCUUACGUCAAAUCCAUCACAGUUUUAACAAACGAUGAAAAUGAAACUAAAAUUGUAGAUCGUUAAUAAUAAACCAGAUAAAAAAAUGAAAAAACCGACACGCAAAAGGAAAUGCAUCUGCGAUACUGUGGCCAUUUUGAAAAAGAUAACAGGAAAUCCGGAACCAUUGAGUUCGACGGAAAUUAACAGCAUACGCCUGAAUCUUUUCACUGAACGUAACUCGGACGGCACCGGGUACUUGGUGCUGAGAGGUAAAGACAUAUAUGAAAAAUAUAACAGAAGAAUUUGUGACAGCGACGUGAGAGCUAUAUGUCUUUACUUAAAACAUUCACCAAGAAUAAUAACAAAAGUCGACCUGAGUUACAAUUCCAUAACGGAUACAGGAUUUUUUAAAUUGUUAAAAAACGUUCUAAUAAAGGGCAGAUCCAGCGUUACCAACCUCAAUAUUAUGAAUAACAAUAUCACAGAGUUGUCUAUAUUGAACCUGUCGAAGUAUGCGAAGUUUUUGAAACUUAAAUAUCUAAGAAUUAAUGGAAACGAUUUCGGGACUAAAGGCGGCGAAUAUUUCGCCGAUCUAUUGUCGAAUAACAGGAGUAUUGAAUGUUGCGACAUCGGGGAGACGGGACAGACGUUAACCAGUGUUGCCCACAUCAUCACCGCCCUGCGCUACGAUCACGCUGGCAACACUACUUUAAGAGUUUUCGAUUUCAGCCGAAUUAUUCCAUUGUUCAAUAGAUACUCGUAUGAAACAAAGUGGCUCGCUUAUCACAUCGAAUAUUUAUUAGAACGAAACGAUACCAUCGUAGAGUUACAUUUACAGAAAAACGAAUUAAUUGGACACGACGUAGAAUACUUAGUGCGAGGUCUGCGGAACAACAAGACGUUGCUGUACUUGGAUGUAGGAUAUAAUAAGAUAGGGGAAUACGGCGCUGAAUUAUUCGGACAAUAUUUAUCUGAGAAGCCGCAACUGAUAUUAUUGAACUUAGCGGGAAACGGCAUCAGGGACACAGGCGCCAGAGCUCUCAGCUUCGGUCUCCCAUAUUCAAGAAUACGUGCCUUAGACCUGGGACACAAUAAAAUCACCGACGACGGUAUCCUGUACAUUCUGAACACGAUCAAGAAACCAUUUUACAUGAGAUUCUUAAACUUGUGGGGCAAUGACAUCGGCGAGACGACGUGCGGCGUCAUCCAGAGGAUGUUAAUAAGUGGGGCUCUGUUCCAACACACGAUAGACGUCAGGUUAUACUCGGUAGACGGCGUCUUACACGCCGCCUACUACCCCAACCCGGCCAACAGAAACAAACAUCUUUAUUACAACGAAAUGGACUUUGGAUGCGAACAGCCGAUAUAUCAUAUAAAGAGGAACGUGUUGCCAGAGAAAAAAAUUGUAAAAGUCGACUGCAAACAGAGACACAAGCUGGAUAAAACAGAUAAACAUCGUUUUUAAACGGACUUUUUGUUACUAGACGAAAGACUGUUUAUAUUUUUUAUUUAUUUUUAAUGUCACGUGAAUAUUGUAUUUUAAUUGUUUAGAUUUUAAUUUUAUAUCUUUUUUUUAACUUCAUUUUAUUUUAUUUAUAAAUAUUUGCUUUAUUAUGUCUGUGGACUUGUUGUUAAUACAUGUAUUUAUAAAAUUUA